GAUAGUUGAUAGUACCUAAUACCUGUACAACAAUGUACGACUUUAAACCAUGAGUUAAAAUAUACUUAACGACUUGUUACGUUAUUACCUGAAUAGUGUUUGUAAUUUAAUAAUAUUUUUAUUGAUUAAAUUGUUGUAGAUCGACCAGCCCGCUACCGUUUGCUUGUUGUGUACACAAAACCAUGAUAAUAAAAUAGACACCGCAUAGAUCGUUAACAUCGAAAUCACAAUUUUUGUAGUCGCAGUGGGUGAUGUGUAAAAUGGAAACAGCAACUAUGACGAUGACAUGUUCAGACGUGACACAUGACCGCCAUGUAUUAAAACAACCGACCAAAGUUCUAUUGACACUAAGCAAUGUACUGUUGCCCAAGGAGAAGCUCACGUCCACACCGUCGAUGAUCGACGGAUUAGAUUUCGAGACCGAAGUUGACCUAAGGAUUGUUGGCUGUGAGUGGAUUCAGAUUGCUGGCAUGCUGCUCAAACUACCCCAGGUUGCAAUGGCCACUGGACAAGUGUUGUUUCAGAGAUUUUACUAUACAAAAUCUUUUGUUCGCCACCCAAUGGAAAUAACUGCAAUGGCAUGCACAUGUUUGGCCUCUAAAGUUGAAGAAUCACCACGACGUAUUCGUGAUGUUAUUAAUGUUUUUCAUCAUAUCCGUCAAGUUUUAAAUCAAAAAUUGAUUACGCCGUUGAUACUUGAUCAAAAUUAUGUACAGAAAAAGACGCAGGUAAUAAAAGCGGAACGACGCGUGCUCAAGGAGCUUGGCUUUUGCGUGCAUGUUAAACACCCGCAUAAACUCAUUGUAAUGUACCUACAGGCACUUGGAUUUGAGAAACAUCAGUCAAUAAUGCAGAUGUCCUGGAACUAUAUGAAUGAUUCGUUACAAACCGAUGUAUUUGUUCAAUUUGAUCCAGAAACUAUUGCUUGUGCCUGUAUAUAUCUGUCGGCCAGGAAAUUGCAAAUACCUUUGCCAAAAAGUCCAGCAUGGUACUCUUUAUUUAAUUCAAAUGAAACAGACAUCCAGGACAUCUGUCGUAAAAUACUGAAACUUUAUCUUAGACCAAAAGUUAUCACAGAAGAAUUAGAAAGGCGAGUGGAAGAAUCAAAGAAAGAAUAUGAUUAUGCUAAGGAAAAAGCUAAAGCAGCUAUUGUUCAUUCAGUAGUACAAACUGAAUUAGUUAUGCCUACUCCUAGUAAUGGGAUAACUGCUGCUGUCCCAGAAAAUAAGAGUUCAACCUCCCCAAAUAAAAAACCAAUCAAAAAAAGGAGUAGAAGUAGAACACCUUUGGAAAUGAAGUUUAGAAGUAAAAGUCCAAGACAUGUUAAGAAAUCUAAGAAAAAAAAAUUAGUACCUACUUACAGAGACUACAAAGACUACAAGGAUUUCAAAGACUACAAAGUUUAUAAAGAUUACAAAGAUUAUAGAAGCAAUGAAAACUAUAAAUCCAAAUCUAGGAAUUACAGCUACCGUAAAAAAUAUUAAUUAAUAAUUAUAGCUAUAAUAGUAGCAUAAUGUUUCUUUUAAAAUGUGUUUUAUUAAAAGAUUACUCAUUUAUUACAUUUCA